AUGAAGACGUAUGUUUUGAAAGUGUGGUAUGUGCUUGGGUUGGUGCGGUGUCUGAAUACAGCUGAGGAUUUCCAAUGGACAAAGAAUAACCCUGGCUCCUUCUAUUAUGGCACUUUCCCAACUGGAUUUUUAUGGGGUGUCGGCAGUUCUGCCUACCAGACUGAAGGAGCCUGGGACAAGGAUGGGAAAGGACCAAGUAUCUGGGAUGCUUUUACUCACAAAAAAGGGAAAGUGUUUAUGAAUGAAACAGCAGAUUCAUCAUGUGAAGGCUACUACAAAGUUAAGGAUGAUAUUCAGUUACUGAAGGAGUUGAAAGUUAAUCAUUACCUGCUUUCUAUUUCAUGGCCUCGUAUUAUGCCCACUGGUAUUAAAAAAGAACAGGUGAAUGAAAAGGGGAUAAAGUUCUAUAAUGAUACAAUUAAUAGUCUUUUGGAGAACAAGAUUAUCCCUAUUGUGACCCUCUACCACUGGGAUCUUCCACAGGUGCUCCAAGAAAAGUAUGGUGGGUGGCAGAAUAUAAGCAUGAUAAGUUAUUUUAAUGAUUAUGCAAAUCUGUGUUUUGAGAAGUUUGGCGAUCGUGUGAAAUACUGGAUUACUUUUAAUAACCCUUGGGCGGUUGCUGAAGAGGGCUAUGAGACAGGAGAGCAUGCACCAGGACUGAAGCUCAGUGGAAUAGGGGCAUACAAAGCAGCACAUCAUAUCAUUAAAACUCAUGCAAAGGUCUGGCAUUCUUAUAAUAAGACAUGGCGUAACAAGCAACAAGGUAUGGUUGGAAUUUCUUUAACUAGUGCCUGGGGUGAACCUGUUGAUCUAACUAGCCAGAAGGACAUUGAAGCUGCUGAAAGAUACGUACAGUUUUACUUGGGAUGGUUUGCAAAUCCUAUUUACAGUGGAGACUAUCCUGAAGUUAUGAAGAAUUAUGUAGGUAGAAAGAGUGCUCAACAAGGCCUGGGCAUGUCAAGAUUACCAACCUUCUCAGUGCAAGAGAAAAGCUACAUUAAGGGUACAUCUGAUUUCCUGGGAUUAAGUCAUUUUACCACUCGUUACAUUAUACAGAAAAAUUAUUCCGCCCUCAAAGGGCCCAGUUACCACACUGAUCGUGAUUUGGUAGAACUGGUUGAUCCAAAGUGGCCAGAUCCAGGAUCUAAAUGGCUAUAUUCUGUGCCCUGGGGAUUUAGAAGGUUACUCAACUUCAUUAAGACACAGUAUGGGAAUCCUCUCAUUUACGUAACAGAGAAUGGAGUUUCAGAAAAGCUGCAGUGUAUUCAGUUAUGUGAUGAAUGGAGAAUUGAAUAUCUGAAAGGGUAUAUUAAUGAGAUGCUAAAAGCCAUAAACGAUGGCGUUAAUGUAAAGGGUUACACUGUCUGGUCUCUGCUGGAUAAAUUUGAAUGGAAUAAAGGUUAUUCUGAAAGAUUUGGAUUAUACCAUGUUGACUUUAAAAAGGGGAAUAAACCCCGAUACCCAAAGGCAUCUGUCCACUAUUACAAGAUGAUCAUCUGUGCAAAUGGAUUCCCAAAUCCAAGAGAGGUGAAAAGUUGGCACCAAAAGGCCAUAGAGACGUGUUCUAUCACAAACCAACUCCUCGCUGCAGAGGAACAGCGGAAUACUGCUGCUAAUAUACUGAGACUAAUUCAUGAUCCCUUGACUACUCACAUGGAAAUGGUGACUGAAAUUGUUGUACCAACGGUGUUCACACUCUGCAUACUUAUCAGUGCCAUUCUAUUAAUGUUCCUUCUUCGGAAGCACAACUAAAACUACAAGUUUACAUAACAUCUUC